AUGGCGCAUUAUGCGAUUCAACAAGAUGUCCGUUAUACUGCCUCCUCUUCAAGAACGUAUACAAGACGGGACGAUCGUGGUGAGUCUCACGACCGUCUUUUUCGAGAUUACUUUGCCGAGGAACCGAAAUUUAAUGAGACUUUUUUUAGACAACGGUUUCGUAUGAGUAGACGGUUGUUUGUGAAGAUAGCUUCAGAUUUGGAAAACAAUUUUAGUUUUUUUCAGAGGAAGAUCGACGCGCGUGGUAAAUGGGGGUUUUCGGCUUUACAGAGAUGCACAUCUGCAGUUCGCCAGUUAGGAUACGGUAGUAAUCCCGACAGUUUAGAUGAUUACCUAAAUAUGUCGGAAAGAUCGUCACGUGACACCCUUAAUGAUUUUUGUGAUGGAGUCAUUAAGUUAUAUCGGCAUGAAUACUUGCGUAGGCCAACGCACGGCACAGCACCGUUGGUUCCUUUCACUGUAAAUGGAACCGAAUAUCGGUACCCGUAUUAUCUCGUGGAUGGGAUCUACCCAAGAUAUGCGAUGUUUGUGAAAACAAUUUCCCAUCCAACCGGUGAGAAAAGGAUUCGAUAUGCUAAGGCACAGGAAGCUGCAAGGAAGGAUGUGGAGCGAGCUUUUGGGAGUCUUGAUUGUACACACUGGGCUUGGGAUAAUUGUCCAGUAGCUUGGCGUGGCCAGUACACGCGAGGUGACCAUCACGGGCCGUCGAUAUUGCUUGAAGCAGUUGCAUCACAGGAUUGUUGGAUUUGGCACGCAUACUUUGGUGUUGCCGGUUCAAACAACGACAUUAAUGUGUUGAACCAAUCUCCUUUGUUCAAUCAUUUUGAAGAUGGCACAGCACCGUUGGUUCCUUUCACUGUAAAUGGAACCGAAUAUCGGUACCCGUAUUAUCUCGUGGAUGGGAUCUACCCAAGAUAUGCGAUGUUUGUGAAAACAAUUUCUCAUCCAACCGGUGAGAAAAGGGUGGGGAGGGGAGGGGAGGAGAAGAAAAAUCGGAGAAGGGGGGAAGAGUGA